AUGAAAAUAUCAGGCUUCUGGAUGAGGCACGUGGCGCUCGGGCUGCUUUGCCUUUUCCUCCUGUCUGCAUUCCAAACAGCAUCUGCUCUACCGAGGAAGAGCAAAGGGAUUAGCAGUCAUCGCUCUGGCAGCGGUAAAGGGAGCUACGGCAUAGGAGGUCUACUUUCUAGUCAUGGCGACAGAAAGAACAACAAUAAACCCGAUGAUAAGAAACACGGGCUCGGCGGACUCUUCGGCCAUGAUAACAAGAACAACGACAAACCCGAUGAUAAGAAACACGGGCUCGGCGGACUCUUCGGCCAUGAUGACAAGAAGAACAACGACAACGACAAACCCGACGAUAAGAAACACGGGCUCGGCGGACUCUUCGGCCAUGAUGACAAGAAGAACAACGACAAACCCGACGAUAAGAAACACGGGCUCGGCGGACUCUUCGGCCAUGAUGACAAGAAGAACAACGAUAACCCCGACGAUAAGAAACACGGGCUCGGCGGAGUCUUUGGCCAUGAUGACAAGAAGAAUAACGACAAAACCGACUCUACUCUGGGCCCCAAAAAGCCAAAGGGUCACUGCAAGCCAAAGGGCAAGGGUGGUAAGGGAGGCAAGGGUGGUAAGGGAGAUAAGGGACAGCAUCCUCCCAGAAACCUGAACGAUAAUGCGAUGGAGGAUGACUACGCCGAUGAGGAGAAUAAUCUCUACGCCAGAGAUGAUGCCGAUGAACUUAGCUGCAGUGACGGCGUACCCAGCAUCGCUAUAAUCAAGGAAGAGAUCAAAGACAAGACAGUGAAGGACUCCUGCCUUUUCUACUCCGGACCUAAGGGUGACCCCUACUCAGUUAAAGCAACGCUGUGGCGCAAUAAGCCAGAAAAUCGCCGGUACCGAAUUCUCAGCAUGAAUUACAGAAAUCCUAAUUGGGACAAACAGUGGAAGGGCGAAGAUCGCAAAGUCGUAGACAGGCGCAUCUCCCAGGCAAUGGCGGAGUUAUGCGUUGGCGAGGUGAUGGUUAUGCUACCUAGCAACACUAAAGGCACUAACUGGGAAAAGGGUACUGUGUGGGAUAAAUACGAGUGGCCAAACCUCAGCUCGGCCGUUACCAAAGUGACUCGGGUUAACCCAGAUAAUGACGACAGAGAGGUGAUCUGGGGGUAUUAG